GAAAAUUUGCAGCGGCACAUCUUAAUGACGUCGGCUAUUGUUUGGUGAAAUCCGAAACCAGAGACGGCUGGUUAGUAGUAAAGCUAGAGGAUUUUUGGUGAAACUGGUUCACCCGAAAAGCUAUUUAGGCCAAUAUUUCAUUUGGCUGUUUGUAUUGUAUUACUCCUUAGCAAUGAACAAAAACAAGGCCAGUGGCGUGUCAUGGGUGAAACCAGCGGAACCGUCCUUUCUGAAGAAGUUUAAAGAAGAUGUUGGUUAUAAAGAAGGACCCACUGUUGAUACUAAGCGCCAGGUGAUGCCAACCCUCGAUGACAGCGGGAGUGAUCGAGAGGAUGAGUUACCCCAAGUUGUGGUUUUAAAAGAAGGACACCUGAACGCAGAGGAGGUUAAGAAGAUCAAGGACGAAAUACAUACUGGUGGUGGCGCAGAGAAAGACGAUGAACCCCCUUCUGAUGGUAAAAUCCUGUUCAAGAAACCAGCCAAGCGCUCCUCCUCAGAAAAAUUCCAGGGCAUCACUGCCACCUCCAGCAAAAAGAAGAAGAGUGAUGGAGGAGAGGAGGAGGGGGAAGAGAGAAAGUCUGGAAAGAAAGUAAAAAAUAAUAGCCUUCUGUCAUUUGGAGGGGAUGAAGAAGAGGAGGACUAAAUGUUACUGGUGAAAUGUAAGUCUGUAUGUAACACCUGUGACAAAAAGGAAUCAAAGUGUGACUUUUGAAUAGUGAUAAAAUGUUUCAAAAUAUUGACCAAUAGAAACAGAGGUCACAUUGACAGACAACAGAUACUGUCUGGAGUUCAUCAUGUUGCAGCCUGUCCAUUCUGUAGUUUUAAGGACCGUGCCAGUAUGUUUGCAUGUCUUAGCCAAAUAGUAAAUUUGUAAUACCGACAACCCAAACAUGUAUUUUAGUACACUGUACAAAUCAACUUGCCAAUAUUCAAUUU